AUGGCGGGUCUUAGCCACGUUCCGAGCCUAGAUAAGCUCUUAGGGGAGAGCCCGUCUCGGCUUAACCUAAGUAUGUUCGGCCGGCCGGGGGCAGAAGCUGACGCAGGGAUCUCCGCUUCCGCCGCCGCCGCUGCCGCCGCCGCAGGAGGCGCUGCUGCCGACGGGCUCGGCGCAAUGGGGGGCAGCAGGCAUAGUCGUUUAGACCUGGCGGGGGGGGAUCCGCGGCUGGGGUUAUCCGCGCCGAGGCGGGCAGCGGGGGAAGAAGCGGAGGCGGGGCGAGGCGGGGCAAAUGCCGUGGCGGGGGAUGGCGGAAACCAAAACCAUUCCUCCCCCCGCCCUCCCCGUUACUCCUCCCCUUCCAUCGUACCCGCUCCCCCCUUUGCCUUCCGCCCCCCGCCUGCUGCUCCUCAGGCCCCAACCGCAGACGCAGCAGCUGCCAUGACCGGCGCCUCCGCCGCAAGUGCCGCAGCCGCAGCCGUAGCCAAUGGCGUGGCGACAAAUGGCACUCCAGCAUCGGCGAACGGCGCGCCUCUCUCUCCGCCUCCCCCGCCGUCCGUGUUCCACCCGACCCCGGAGGAAAUGGGCCGCCUGUGCGCCCCGCCUGGCGCGGCGGAAGCCGCCAGCCCGAUCUCCGGCAGGCAGCCGGGCGGGGGAGCUGGCGGAAAGGGUGCGGGGAAGAGGGGUUUGGGAGGAGCGUCGAGCGGGCGGGGGGGAGGCGGAGGGGGAACGAGGGCGGGCGCGCAUGGGGGAGGCGGGAGGGAGAAUGGGAUUGGGUCGGAUGAAAAUCAUUCUGAUGAUGGGGGGAGGUCGGAAGGGGAGGAUGAGCUGGUAGCGUCGUUGGAGCAUCUGACUGAUCCAGAAGAGAUUAAGCGAGUCAAGAGGAUGCUGUCCAAUCGCGAGUCGGCGCGGCGGUCGCGGCGGCGAAAGCAGGCGCACAUGGGGGAGAUGGAGACGCAGGUGACUCAGCUGCAGAUCGAGAACGCCAACCUGGCCAGCCGCCUCGGGGAGAUCGGGCGCAAAUACAGCGACGCCGCCGUCGACAACCGCGUGUUAAAAUCUGACGUGGAGGCGCUGCGAGCUAAGGUGAAAAUGGCUGAGGAGAUGUUAGGAAGGGUGAAUCACAUGGCACAGUAUAUGUAUCAUCAUCACCACCAGCCCAUGGCUUAUCGGCAUGAUCCUGCUGCUGCCGCUGCUGCGGCUGCGGCGGCUGCUGCGGCGGCGGCUGGUUCGAUGCCCUGCGCUUUCAGCAGCAGCAGCACACCAUGGGGCAUAUUCACUCGAGGCUCUGCGCGCUGGGGGUGUGCACCUCCCUGGUUCGGGUAUUUCCCCUCAUAA